AAUAACGUGUUUAAAAAAUUCCUUGCGUUAAAAAUCAAUCCUUCUUUUUAUUAAAAGCUAUGUUUUUAAAUGGAAAUACUCAAGUGACACCAAAUCUAAAUCGUGUUGAAGAAGACGAAAAUGAUUCAAAUGAAACUCAAGCCUUAAUGUCCGAUGUAACGCAAUGGUAUAAUAAAACACGUUCAAAAAGCGAAAAAAAAUUGAGUUUUAAUGCUGAUGAAAAACCAUAUCAAGAAUCAUUUCCACCGCUGUCUUUUAUUCAAAAUACACUUCAUGGUAUACGACACAGCGUGGUAGAUUCUGUUACGGAAGUUAAGGACAAUGCCUUAGGAAUUAAAGAAUCUAUUCAAUUUCAUAUGCUAAGUAGUUUUUUAAUUUUUUUAGGAUUUCUUAUGAUAUUUUGUUCUUUUCUCUUUUUACCCAUGAUUGUUUUUUCGCCCCAUAAAUUUGCUAUACUCUUUACUAGCGGAUCCCUUUUUGUUAUCAAUGGUAUAGGCUUAAUGAAAGGUUAUGAUAAGCUAUUUUAUCAUUUAAUUCAACCAUCCCGAUGCCCUCUCUCUAUAGCUUAUAUCAUGUCGGUUAUAACCACGCUUUUUGCUACAUUAAAACUCCAUAGUUAUUUCCUAACAUUGGGUUCUUCCAUUAUUCAAAUGAUUUGUUUAGCUUCAUUUUUAACAUCCUACGUUUUAGGGAAUCGACUUUAUUCUUUCACUAACUUAAAUCUCUUUAAUUCCUUAAAAUUAGUACAAAAAAAAAACUCAAUUUUUUCAAAUGUUUAAUCCAAAAAAGAAAGCUAUAUAAUUUUCCCUAUGUCCCUCGCUCUCUCUCGCUCCUUCUUAUUUUAUUUCAAAACGAACAGUUGCAAUGAGAAAGCCCAGAACAUGUCUACGUUUUUAUUGAUGGAUUCGGCGUCUGU